UUCCCUCCUUCUCCUCUUCUCUCUCCGCGAAAGGAGCCUUUCUAAAGAACAGGCGAGCUCGCCUCCAAUUGUCUCAGUCUAACGUCAUGGAAAGAGUUACUUUGUGUCGGUGCUGUGAGGGAAUUAAGCUGCUGAAACAAUACCGGCUCGGCUAAAUGAGAUGAUCCGGAGCGGGAGAAGGUUGUUGUGACUUGUGAUUUUUAAAAGGAUCGAGCGAAGAUGCGCAGGAACCUGUUUACGAGACACACGAAGCAAGUUUGUGUCUGAGAGAAGUAAAGACGGGCAUGUUGAGCUGCCGCAUUACCAUGUCCACGGAUACCGACGCUCCCAACAAAAGUGCAUUUUUCGCUUGGAAUUAUUUGCAUCAGGAACCGUUUCCAGGAUACGGAAUGUGACGAAAGUGCGAGAAGUGGAAAUAAAACAAAAGGUUCCGGUCCACUUCCUAAACUAAAGACUCGUUGCAGGAGCUAGUCGGUGAAACCGGUUUUUAAACUGCCGUAUUUGUCAUAGGGAAGUAGAAAUCUGUGCUAUUGUUGUGUUCAUACAAAUGAUUCGAUUUUUAGAACAAAGAGUAUUUUUAUCAACAGGCUAGUAAUAUUUUAUUGUUGAAGUAUAAGUUAAGCACAGGAAAAGUCAAGUAUAGUAAUUAAUAAGUCAAGGGAAGUAAACAGUGUUAGUGCACACCUGAUCCAUGUUACGUGAGAUGAGUUGAAAUAUUCAUGUAAGUGCCCUAGAUGUCUCCAAUACAGCUGCUAAGCAUCAUGUGCACAUAGAUGAUUAUUUGGUUUUAUUAUUAUUAUUGUUUUGGAACGUGAGGGAGUCAAGAUGUCAGUAAAAGCCAAAGCGCUUUAUACGUUCCAAAGUGAAAACAAAGAGGAGAUAAGCAUCCAGGAGAACGAAGAACUGAUUAUCUUUGACGAGAACUCUGUGGAUGGAUGGUUCCAAGGGGAGAACAGCCGAGGGGAGCGGGGUCUCUUCCCGGCAUCCUACGUGGAAGUCAUCCGCACCCGUUCCAACUCCAACGUGACCGAUUGUUCCAUCAGCCCGGCAGGUUCUUUGGGAAAUGACACCUGUUUCUUGCCCUCUACUACCAACACCACCCUAAACACGCAACCGACUUACUACGAUAUCGACGAUGAUGACGAUUGGGAUGACUGGGACGACAGGUCCACUGUAGUGGAAGAUGGCGACCAUGGCCGGGGCCCUGGGGCCAACGGGCACUCACAUCAGAUGCCGCAGUCCAACAACCCCAAUGUGCACUACAGGGCCAAGCCGCCUAUGGAGAGGCAGGACAGCAUCUCCAGUUCCAGGAAGGGCAGCAUGGUGGGCCGCAAUUUGAACCGCUUUUCCAGCUUUGUUCGCUCUGGUGUAGAGGCGUUUGUGCUGGGGGACGUGCCCAUGAUGGCGAAGAUAGCUGAAUCCUACACCAUCGAGAUGAACCCCCAAGGCCCCAGUUGGAAGGAGAGCCCGCAGCCUUUCUCCUGCUCCAUCGAAGAUCCCACCAAGCAGACCAAGUUUAAAGGUAUCAAGACGUACAUUUCGUACCGGGUGACGCCGAGCCACACGGGUCGGCCGGUGUACAGACGCUACAAGCACUUUGACUGGCUCUACAACCGCCUAUUGCACAAGUUCACUGUGAUCUCAGUGCCUCACCUGCCGGAGAAGCAGGCCACGGGGCGUUUCGAGGAGGACUUCAUUGAGAAGCGCAAGCGGCGACUGAUCUUGUGGAUGAACCACAUGACCAGCCACCCGGUGCUCUCCCAGUACGAAGGCUUCGAGCACUUUCUGAUGUGCGCCGAUGACAAGCAAUGGAAGCUUGGCAAGAGACGCGCCGAGAAAGACGAGAUGGUAGGGGCGCACUUCAUGCUGACCCUCCAGAUCCCCAACGAGCACCAGGACCUUCAGGACGUGGAGGAGCGGGUGGACACUUUUAAGAACUUUACUAAGAAAAUGGACGACAGUGUCAUGCAACUCACUCACGUCGCCUCGGAGUUGGUUCGCAAGCAUCUGGGCGGUUUCAGGAAGGAGUUCCAACGACUGGGCAACUCUUUCCAGUCCAUCAGUCAAUCGUUUAUGUUGGACCCCCCACACAGCUCCGAGGCCCUCAACAACGCCAUCUCACACACUGGCCGCACCUACGAGAACAUCGGGGAGCUGUUUGCCGAACAGCCCAAGUACGACCUCUUCAAAAUGCUGGACACGCUGUCGCUCUACCAAGGCCUGCUCGCCAACUUCCCAGACAUUAUUCAUCUACAGAAAGGUGCCUUUGCCAAGGUGAAAGAGAGUCAGCGUAUGACGGACGAGGGCAAGAUGGACCAGGACGAGGCGGACGGCAUCCGCAAGCGCUGCCGGACGGUGGGCUUUGCGCUGCAGGCCGAGAUGAGCCACUUCCACCGACAGCGUGAAGUGGACUUUAAGGACAUGAUGCAGGCGUACCUCAGGGAGCAGAUCGCCUUCUACCAGCGCGUGGUGCAGCAACUGGAGCGCACGUUGCGCAUGUACGAGUGUCUUUAAGGACUGCAAACCAGAGGACGCUUCGGAUUCUGUGAGACUUACUGUGCACCUAUUACAUAUCAGACAACGUUACGGCGUAUUGUUUAAUUUACAUAAUUUAAGGUAUGAUAACAUUACGUUAAACGGGUUCAGUCCCCUUCUCUUUGUCGUCACGAUAGAAUGUCAUUUUCUUUCUUAAACGCAUUAGCUGCCAAUGACGUUGAUAGACGUCCAAAUGGAUUGAACCUCUAUUGCAGUCAAUGGCAGGUAAUGCAUUAAAGGGACAGACAACACCUAUACCAUGUGCAUCCCAGCGGAAAGAAUCUUAUUUAAUCAAAUGGAAAAAAAACAAUUUUAGAGUUCCGGUGUGUUAUAGUGGAGAAAAACAAAAAUAAAUGCAAUUAUAUGAGACCUGAGUAAAUCCUCAUCAUCUGAUUGGUUGUUUGUUGUCGAUUGUUUUCCCCAUAUUGCAAUUUGGAUCCAUUUGUCAUGCAAUUUUGGAUCCAUUGCACGGGGGCCGGAGUUGGGCUAGGGCAUAGCACACUCACCGUAUUCAGUGAAGAAAAUAAGUAUUUUAACACCCUGCUAUUUUGCAAGUUCUCACUCUUAGAAAUCAUGGAGGAGUCUGAAUUUUCAUCGUAGGUGCAUGUCCACUGUGAGAGACAUAAUCUCAAAACAAAAAUCCAGAAAUCACAAUGCAUGUUUUUUUUUAAACAAUUUGUACGUGUGAUAGAGCUGCAUAAGUAUUUCAACACCUGUCGAUCAGCUAGAAUUCUGACCCUGAAAGACCUCUUCGUCCGCCUAUUAAAAGUCCAUCUCCACUCCAUAUAUUACCCUGAAUGACUUGUUUGAAGUCGAUAGCAGCAUAAAGACACCUGUCCUUGGUCAUAAUUCCACUAACUGUGUUUGGAGGAAAAAGAAUGAUGAGUACUAGAACAAGAACACCAUCCCUACUGUGAAGCAUGGGAGUGGUAGCAUCUUGCUUUGGGGGUGUUUUUCUGUGUCUGGGACAGGACGAGUGCACUGUAUUGAAGAAAGCAUGACUAGGGCCCUGUACAGUAAGAUUAUGGGAACAACCUCCUUCCUUUAGUCAGAGCAUUGAAGAUGGGUCGUGCCUGGGUCUUCCAACAUGACAAUGACCCAACGCACACAGCCAGGAGAAACCAAGGAGUGACUCUGUAAGAAGCAUAACAAGGUUCUAGCAUGGCCUAGCCGGUCUCCAAUAGAAAACCUUUGGAGGGAGCUCAAACUCCGUGUUUUUUAGGUAUAGCCCAGAAACCUGACUGAUGGGUGGGCCAAGAUCCCUCCUGUAAUUUGUGCAAACCUGGUGAAAAACUAAAGGCAACGUAGGCUACUGUACAAAAUAUUAACAUUCGUUUCUAAGGUGGUCAAAUACUUAUUUGCAGCUGUAUCACACAAAUAAAUUGUUAAUAAAUCAUACAUUGUGAUUUCUGGAUUAUUGUUUUUAGAUUAUCUCUCUCACAGUGGACAUGCACCUGCAAUGAAAAUUUCAGCCCCUCCAUGAUUUCUAAGCAAAAUAGCAGGGUGUUGAAAUACUUAUUUUAUUCACUGUAUGUAACCUAUGCACAGAAAAAAUUACGUGCUGAGCACUAGCAUCUAUAUAGCUAGCUAGCUAGCUAGCUAGCUAUAUAAAUGGAGCAUUUCAUUUUUCACCUGAUAAAAUAUUCUGUCCAUUGCACUCAUUAAGAUUAAAUGACAGCUGCCAUUUAAUCAAUGCCUGUACUAUUUUAGCCAAUCAAAUGCGAGAAUCCUAGAUUGCCCCCCCCUUCAAUAUGAUGUCAUUAGACCAUUAUUACAUGCACCUGCGCUUGAGUCUUGUGUGUGUGUGUGUAUGUGGGUUGCUUUAACUGAUGUCACAAAAUGGCUACCUUUGUAAACGGUGUCAUUUUUUUGUUUUGUUAAAAUUGAUUUAGCAAAUUAUCCAAAAGACAAAGAAAUUUGCAUGCUUAAAUACUUUGAGCAAUGGUGUUGUCUGUCCCUCAAAUGAACUGUUAGCAUCACAUCUUUUUAACUCACAUCGCACUGUGUGUGGAACGGCGACUAAUCCAAAUGUUACCAAAGUGCCUUAAAGUGGUUAACUCGUUCACUGCCAUCGAUGGGGCUAAAAGGUCGAUCCAUUUGAACUGGGAGGGCUAGGAGUGAAUUAUUACCAUCAAGCUUUCGUAAUUUUCUAACACAAAAACGAACUGAACUGAAUUAAACCAAAGUGCGUGACUUGGUAGGAAAGUACAUUUUAGGAAGUUGUGUUAUUGUGCAAAAAAACGCUAGCUGGAAAUAAACAUAGGGUAUUGAAGCAUGUUUUUUACAGGAUGUGAUUAAAAAUGGCGCUUUUUAUUUGUUAGAAAAGAAAAACAAAUGUUCUUUUGUUAAGUCGAGAGUAUGUUUGUGUUUUUUUCAGACACAUUUGUUGUCGCUUGAAUGUUUUUGAUGGCCCGUGAUGUGGAUGAAAAUUUUCUGUGUGUUUGGGAUUGACAUUCCGCUGUGCUUGUUUAGAAAUCGCGACAUUCCAAAGCGCCAAUUCGGCUUCCUAAAGUGAACACAUCCAAAUGUUACCAUCUUCGUUUUUUGAAAAAUAUCCUUUGACCAUUUUUUUCUGGCAGUUUCUCCCACAAGUCCGAAUUUUCCUGCGUCUUUUUUUUUUCUACUGCGGAGCUCAUUUUUCUUUCUGCUUUUAUAAUUUAAUCUGUCCUUGUGUGGGGAAAAUGUGCAGGCAGACUCUGAAAAAUACAGAAUAGAAAAGGUUUAAGGUGAAAAUAUCCUUUGGAAUGAAAGUUGGUGUUAAGCUUGUGGUGAGAUGGCUAAACAAAUUGCGGAUGUGCGGAUUUUGAGAGUUUACAGGAAGUCAAAAAAUGCUGAGUCAUUCCUUACUUGGUUCAAGGGAAGGGGACAUAGAAACUUUUUAAUAAAACAAACAACAACAACAAAAAUUGGUUUGUUGUCUUGUCUUCACAAUUUCACAUAUCAGUUGCAUUUGGGGCAAGUGCGAUUGUGCCCUACCAAAUCCAGUAAAUGGCACUGAUGCAACCAUCUACAAUAUUUCCUUUUUUUUUUUUCAUUGGUGUUUCUCUGGCACGCCACCCUGGCAAAACCGUUUGACCCAACGACACUGUUCAACACCAAAACGACCAGAAUUCUCGCAUGACGCACGCUGUCUUUGUUUGACACGCAAAAAAAAAAAUACUGUUCAGCCAAAAAUGCUGGCGUUUUGUAAAACAAAGGGAAAAAAACAGAAAUUUCAAAACACUACUUGUCGUAAAUUUUUUGACCAAAUCUCAUGUUUUGCACCUGAAAAAAAUCAGGACACUCAGGGUUGGAUAUGGUUUUGCCAAAAACGUACCCAAUCUUUUCUAAAGGCCAAAACCUCCUUUUCAUUUCCAAUGGCUCUAUUCACCAUUCAUUUCACUGGCAUAAAAGCUGUCCAUUCCCCACAUCAACAGGAAGUGAUUCCAGAAUACCCCCAAAUUAUCAAAAAGUGAAUUCCCAAUGACCCAAAUCAACAGGAAGUGAUCCCCAAAAUGCCACAAAACUGACAAGAAGCACCCCAAAAUGCCCUCAAAUCAACUGGAAGUGACCUCAAAAUGCCCCAAAAUCAACAAGAAGUGACUGGAUAUCAACAGGAAGUGACACAGUACUGAGACAGCACUGUUAAAAACCUUUCUGUGGAUAAUGGAAACCCAGCUGAGCUUCUUUUACUAGACCUCACAGAUACAUUUGAUACAGUAGACCAUACAGUACUUGUAUCUCAUUUAGAACAAUUCAUAGGCAUCCGUGGCCAGACCCGUGCGGUCCAUAGGGUGAGUAAGGCAAACGCUAGGGCCGUCACAGCGUACAAAAGGGCGUCAAGAAAAUUUUUUUCAAAUAAUAUUUGGUAAUAGCAGUAUUCGAAAAAAUUAUACAAGAAAAUAAAACAAAAGAACAUCAAUACGUAUAGUAAUAAGUCUUUAAAUAUUAAUGAAAUCACAUGUCUAAUGUGCCUUCUGGCCGUUUCAAUGUUUCCUGUGAUGCGGCAAUUUCACCACAGUCUCUUAUCCCAAAGACUACCUGAAGGUGUUAUUUUUAUGCAAUCCUCCGCAAACGAGCAAAGUCAUGAAAGGACAAAAGCCCUCCGGGUUGCAUUUUAAAAAGAAAGAAGAUACAAGAGGUGCAUAAACGUGAAAAAAAAGGUUUGUUGUGAUGAAUUAAAAAAAAAAAAUUGCAUAAACACAUAUACUUAGCGCAAUUGCAAGCUAGCGGUUAUUUACAUAGAGUUUAGAUGAUAUACUGCUAAAGCUAAAAUAUACUGUAUAGCCAGGCCUGUUUUAGUAAUAUUUUCAGUAUUCAGCCUAUAAUACCGAUUAAAUGCUACUGACGUUAGGUUAACACUCAUUUUUACACUUACAUGAUAUAAAGACUUUUUUAUAGGAAUUAAAUGAGUAAUAUCAAGAGAACGCCGCAAUUGUGUAGACGUAAAUUUGAGGUUGUACCUAAUUAGCUAAUUCAGGAGAUUUAAUGUAUAAUUUUUGGGGGAGAAAAUAUGUGUUUUUUCCAAGACUUAAAUUGUAUACAGUUAAUGAUCUCCUCCUUGAAAAUCAUCCACAUGCUUUCACACAUUCCACUUAAAUCCCAGAUGCUUGUUUCUUUCAUUUGGGGAAUGGAACAUUAGGAGCGGCGAUGAUGUCAUUUGGCUCACAGGAGGAAAUGUCAUCAAGUGAAAAGACGCUGUGGAGGAAAUAAGGUACAGUACGUACAAUUGUAACUUGACUUAUGAAAGUCACUAGGGAAGUUUUUUAAAGAUUUGAGAUGUGUCAUGGCCAAUUUUUAUGGUACAAUAACUACUAGACAGUAGUUUUACACUUAACAGCAGAAAGCAAUUUUUGAAAAAUUCUUUAAUAAGAGGCUUUAAAGUGUUUAUUGCCACUUCCAGUUAAACAUAAACCAAAGGGAAUUACACAUACAGUAUAUUAAACCAUAACACAUUACCAUGUGAAGGUCUGCUAGCUUAAUGCUAACAUGCAAUGCUACAAAGUUACAACCUGUUAACUAAUCCGUUUCAACAGAGAAGGGAAAAAAGUGUAUUGCAUUUUAUGUUAUUUGAGUUUGGGAUUUCAGAAUUUUAAUUUCAAAUGCAAGUCAUUUUAAGUUUUUUAAUAUCCAUGAAGAUAAAAACCAGUGUGAUUGACUUUAAUGAUUUUCUCCUUGUAUGUGCUUGCGCACGAAUCCCAGCUACAUGUUUGAAAAAUGUAACAUGAGUAGUGGCCAUGACGUCGGGUUACUCACCAGAGGAAAUGUCAUCUAGUGCAAAUAUUGGAGGAAAUGUAUAAUUUUGGACCUACUAUUGCAAAGUUACUUGUUCAUUAUUAUUUUUGGCACAUCCCGUGAAGGGCUUGUAGGGCCAUCUUUGGAAAUGUUCAAACAUUAUAUUGUCCCAUUGGAAAUUAGGGAAAAUUAAAUAAUGUGCUCCUGUGUCAAAAUUCGGCAUCAUCAGCCCUGCGGUGGUCUUAACCCUCUAUAGCAGUGGUCCCUAAACUUUUUUGCACCAUGGACCGGUGUCAUGUUGGCGAUUUUUUUCAUGGACUGGCAAUAUGUGAUAGACAAUGACGAUAAAUAUAAAAUAACAGGACUGGGCUACAAAAGAAAAUCAAGUGCAGGGAAAAUGUAACUCACCAUACGCUGAAUCAACCUUUUUUAACAGUGGCCUCUCCUGAAACUUGACGGCAAAUAUCCUUGGCAUAAUGAGUUCUACAAUCAUGAAAGGUUUCUUGGCUUUGGCAAUACAGUUCGCCACGAGGUAUGUUACUCUCAGCGCAUUUGCUUUUGUUGCCUCGUUUGCUAGCUUUUAGCCACAUAUAAUGCAGAGUAGACUAGGUUGUAGGCUCCUCUUCUGGCUCAGCAGGUGGCGUUUUCCCCAUAAAAAGCUGUCCAAAGACGUCGCCGCACACAGCCAACAGCAGCAAAUGUUAUUGUUUUCGUUGACUGACGCUGGGCUGCUAUAGACCCUACUCACCUACGUCACAAAAUGGGCGUGUCGCUGUUUCCGGCCGCCAUAUUGUACCUAUUUUUUUAGACCUUUUCUCAUUGUUUUCAAUUAGUCGAGCAAGUUAUAGAGCAAUUCAUGGAAGCCCCGGUGUUAUCUGACGCUGUAAACUCAUUGGAUGCGUUGCAUAAAAGGCGUUACGUGGAAAAGCUUCCGUUUAUCCAUUCGCCAGAUCCGUAUUUGAUCCCUAAAUCGAUGUUUUCGACCCGCUGGCUUCGCCUGACAUCUGAUAUCCUGAUAUUUACAACUAUCUUGUCCACACAAAAUCAGCCUAUUCUCACGAAAGUUUGAAAAACUUUAAGAGCUUGGAGGCUUAUAAAUGCUACGUUGCUGGUUGGGUGAAACAGGUCCUCGUACACGAAAAUUCGGCAGGAAUCUUGUGCUCGGAAGGUGAGUUACGAAAUUUUCAAUUCAAAAUCUUUUGUUCUUGCUAACAUCCACUGUCAAGUCUAAUGUAUUUCAUAUUAUUUGUCAAUGGAGCUAGGGCUUUUAAUGUUUAUAUGGUUUAGCGAUAGCACUCUCACUAUAUACAUUUAUAAUAUGUAAUAAAUAUGAAGUGCGAUAGCACUACUCCAGAUUGUCCCUAGUUGAAUUUAUUUUUUGGCUUUUGACCUCAAUAGUGAAAUUGUAAAUUAAUUGUAUGACAACUGUCUGAUUAUCCCCUUAUAAUUAUAUAUUUUCAGGUAGUUCAUUCACAACGUCUGAGUGUAUGUUGUCGGCGAUUAGCCUAGCAAUGAUCUUAAUUGUGGUUGUCAGCCCAAAACCCUCUAAAUAUAUAUUAAAUGCAUCUUACCAGAUAUAAAAUGACUAAUACAUAAUCUGUGGUAGUCGAUUGGAGCCCAGUUUUCUCGUCGAAUUGCAGCAGUCAAUCUCGGUCUCCUCUUCGGGUCUCUCGGAAUACGGUAAAAAUUCAAGUCUCUCCGUCUAUCUUCUCUGUUUUUGCAACCGACCGCCACACACGACUUCACCAUUUUGAUUAUUAAUGUUAACGAGCAGAAAAACACGCCAUAAUAGGAGGAAUUUACGAAGCGCUAAUGCAUUAACAUGACGAGUAUCCGGACAACAUGGCGCGGGGGCGUGGCUGUGACGUCACGUGAGUAGGGUCUAUAAGUGUGCAAACACCCCAGUAAUGGUGGCCAACCACUAGAGGGAGACGUACACCAAUCUCUACUCAGUCAAUAGAGAAGACAGGCAUAUUGAUGUGUCAAGUGGCACAGGCCAGAUUGCGGUUGUAAAAAAUUUUUUUUUAAAUUAUUUCUUUGUGGCCCAGUUGCAAAUGCGCCACAGAUCGGUAUCGGUGCUCGGCCCGGUGGUUAGGGAUCACUGCUCUAUAGGGCACUAAUUUAACUAAUUGGCUCCUAUUGAGGGGCCUACACGUCCAAUCCAUUUUGACUGGGAGAGGUUGGCAGCGAUCAUUCAUUGCCAGUUCACAGCCAGUCCUCCAAUUUUAAAUGAAUUGGGCGGCAUAGUGGCAGGCAAUUGGUUAGAGCAACACUAGUUAACUUUUCAACCUUAUAAAAAUAUUUUUAUAACAUUUGUGAUUUGUCGACUGACGACUAGUUGAAUAACACCUCUUUUAUAUCUCGAGGGGGUCUGUAUCGCUUUCACCGGCACUAAUUAACUUUGAGGAGGGUGGCAGGAACCCUGCCACACAAAAAAUAAAACUGCAAAUGUGCUGCUUUACGGCAUAAGUCACUUCCCCCUUUUCCCAUUCGUUAUAAAGACGGAAGUCGAUGCUAACGUUUUCGCGCAAAUUCUGCAAGGUUGGCAAAGCAAUAGAAACAAAAAAUUUUGUCUGAGGAGGAAAAAGAAAGGGCGGCUACCAGGGGCGGACUGGUAAUCUGUGGGUUCUGGAGGAUCACAGAACGGCCGGUGCACUGGACGGCCGGCGGCCGCCAUUCAUUAUUCAUCACUGUUUUUAUCCCCCCUAGCCUCUGAUUAUCUACAGUUCGCAUCCAAUCCGACAGGUGGCAGCAAUGCGCCUGGCUGUUAGAAGAACGAAGAAAGCACUGAGUAGCCUUCAUUGGUUCCUUCUGCAAGCAAAAUAGCGACGAGCGUUAAUGGUGGCAAAAAAGAAAAAGAGAAGGGUGGCGCGGAGAAGGUUAGGGAGAAAAAAAUUAAAGAAACUGGAGAGCGAAGCAUUAAAAUGUCAUAAGUUGACAAAUAUUUUCGCAAGCAGCAGUCUGGCUGCAACGGCCAGGUCGGGUAAAAGCAGCCCAGCCCCCGGCGAUGGUGAGAGGGGGAGCGGGAGCCGCUCUGUGACGUGCAACCGGUACAGGGAGAGAGAAAAGAAGAGGAAGGGGGCAAUGACAAGCUGGUGGAAGUUCCUCAGACAAGCGCAGGGCAAGUAAAAAGGGAUGAAGAGGGUCACUUGCUCGGUGUACUGGCAAUUGUUAUCCACCAGGUAGCUACAUUUUAAAUGAAAUAAAUGACAAUUAAAGGGUUAGUGCCAGUGAGUCCAUGUACCCGAUUGCAAUCGUGUCAAGUUAGCUAGUCCUACUAUCAUUCUCCUCAGAAAAAAUAUUUUAGAUGUAAAACAACGUAUGCACACGCAGCAGCAAUAUUAAUGCAGAAGAAAUAUAACAAAAUAUUAAUAAAAUGAAUGGUUUCACUUUAAAGUUUAGGUAGUUAAAUUGAUAUGACAUAUAUUUUUAAUCAUUUAUAUAUCGUUUUGUUUUCUGGUUAAUACUUUCCAAUAAAGGUUAUGUAUACAGGAUUUGUCUUGAAAUGUUUAUUGUAUUUUCAUUGAAAUUUAUUAUUUGUAUGGCAAGAUUAAUUAUAGCAGGGGUCUCCAAACCGGUCCUCAAGUGCCGCUGUGGCCCUGGUUUUUGUUUCAACCAUCGAGUACCAACAGUUUAACCAAUGAAGUUUCUGCUAAAACAAGCAGCACCUGACUGCAAUCAACUGAUUACACUUUUAAGACACCAGAUUGGUGCAUAGGUGUUGUCUUGUUAUGUAGGAAUUAAAUCCUAAGCGCUGCGGCCCUAUGUGGAAUAGUUUGGAGACCACUGAAUUAUGGCAUAAACAAUGAAAUCAUUUUAUAGACAGAGAUAUAUAGAGAUAUAUUAUAAUCCAUUGGAUACAUAAAACUUAAAUUACACGAAAUAAAUUAUUUCAUUUGUUUAUUCAGGUUGACCAUAGAGCUAGACCAGAAAAUUAACCCAACUCCAGUUCAGCCUUGCAGUACUUUAAGUGCCCCAAGUCAGAGAGUCACAGGCUAGACACAUUUUCUUCAUUUUCUCUCAAAGUGCACGAAAUUGAUGCAUUUUACAAUAAAAUGUUUAAAAAAUGUUUUUUAAAUCGCCCCUUGGGGGGCAUGCCCCCGGACCCCCCUAGGGGGUCUGUGUUUCCCCUUCGUAUAGUGAUUCUUGUGGGCUGGGCUGAGUCAAAGUCCAGGGCUGCUUUUUAGUCCCAGUCCGCCCCUGGCGGCUACUAGGGCUGGGCGAUAUGGCCUUAAGUACGUAUCACGAUAAAUUGAGCAGAUUUACCUCGAUAACGAUAAAUGGCAAUGAAUUCGCCCAAGCGGACUGUUAUAUAAUUUGACAUUUUAAAUCAAUGCAUUGAAUACAAAUUAACCAUUUCUCGUUAAAUUUGUUUACCAGCUUUCAAUUUAACAAUUGCACAUGCAGUCUAAACAUUAAGUAUUUAAAAAAAUCUUGUAAACGAUAAGAAUUCUAGUGUGAACAUUUAUAACAGCUUGUAUGACUUGAAAAAUGUACAACAUUAUAAAAAUCAAUAUGACGACUGUGCAAACGUCAUUCUAACACAAAUGACUUGCAGCUUUAACAGUACACUUCAGACAAUUUAUUGGUAAUGUCUGCUAUGACAUAAUUAUUCAACACAAGUGUUUACGUCAAGGUUUCAGGUUUUUUUUGUAUUGCUCUGAUGCCAAUGAAAUAUUUAAGGUUUUAUGAUGGAAGAAUAAAGCAAACACAUACAGAAAAAUAGCUGUGGCCAUUAAACUGUCAUAUUAUGUAUAGGCUUCACUGUUGGAUUAUACUUUAGGCUGAGUGCUUUACCAUCAUGAAAGCUUUCAGAGAAAUCACACAGAUUUACGCGACAAAAAUAAUUGCUACAUGAAGUCCGUGCCCACUCCACUCAUUAAUUUCAGCCGUUUCGACAAGGUUAGAGCCGUUAUCCGACUCUUUCACGUUCUUUUGUAGCCGCUGUUAGCCACUAGCGUUAGCCUGUGGCUUGGCUACCAGAAGAAAGCACUGAAAGCAUCCUCUCCUGAAAUCGUGAGAACCAGGGAGGACAGCGGGUGAAAGCCCGUCUGGAACCCGCCAAAAGUUUACUUAAUGUCGGGUGAUAGUUUGGAGAAGCUAACUUAAGCCCGACUCCAUCCCGUUUACCUGUAGCGUUAGCCGCUGGCGUUAGCCUACCGGGCUUCUGUUUGUUUGUCUUCCUGAAAACCACGUGACUCCAUACGUAAGCACACUGUCUGCUUUCUUAAAGGGGAAUGAACAUAGCCGAACAACACAGAGUCAAAGCGGGAUGAAAAGACUAUAUUUUCUUGUUUUAUUAAAUUACCGAAUUUGCUGACAUGGUCAAAAUUACGUCUGUCAUUGUGAAGAAUUUCGGUGACGGUAAAUUUUCUGUUUACCGCCCUGCUCUAGCGGCUACUAGGAUAUACAGACUAAACAUUGGCCCGGCUUUCACUCGCUGACGUGACGUAUCACCACCCCCCCACCACCCCGCCCCCAAACUGGACGGGUCGAGGGAUUGGCCACACUAAGCAAAACAGUUGCUAACCGUCAUAUGCUAUUGUUUGGUCACAACUAAACAAUUAUUACUUUUCAUCUUUCACACAGCCACUGGAAACAGAAAUGUUUUUUAAUUCAUCUGCAAGCGACCAUCAUGAUUUUACUACACUGUGCGGAUGUGUGCUGGUCCUCAUGGGAAGUCUUCCUAAAGGCAAAACACUACUGCUUUUGUCCACCAACGUCGCUAAAAUCGACUAAAAAUGAAAAGUUACCAAGUGUUGCUUUAAAUACCACGAAUGCCAAUAUUGACAUAAUAAUACAACAUUUCUGUAAUAUCACCCCCCCACCCCCAAAUACAGAUAUUUUGCCCAAACUCAGUACACGCAUGGAACAUGAAGUAGGCCUGAGCUGCAAAAAUGAUGUGCAGUGUCUGGACAUCAGUGAUUGACUGGUGACAGAUCCGUUCUCCAUCCCAGCCAGAACCCUCAUGAAUAGGAGUGUGACAAAAUAUCGAAAUGGUGAUAUAUCAUGAUACUUUGUAUCCUAAAAGGUUAUCGAUAUGCUCCUGCCAAGAAUCGAGAUAUCGUUUUAAAAAUGUGUCAAUGUUUAAAAAAUAAAAGGAACCAACAAGUUGCUACCAAAAUCGUCGACCAUGAUAGUGUCUCAGUUAACUAUAUGGCUUCCAUUGACGGCGUUGGAUGCCCAGUCUGUGAAGACAGGGAAGGGCGAAUGAACGGAACAUUCACUGUCACUCUUUCCGAUUUUUGGGGCUUUUACAGGUCACUUUCUGUUCAUUUGAGGGGAUUUACAGGUAAUUUCCUGUUGAGUUUGAGUCACUGCCUAUUCAUUCCCGGCUCACUUCCUGUUCUGUAACCCAAAAUUAACAGGAAGUGACCCAUAAAAUGCCCCAAAAUCAACCAGAAUGACUGAAAAUAACGAGUAAUGACCUGAAAUGGCCCAAAAUUACCUUGUUGCCAGGCAUUGGCUGUCACUGAUGACCAUAGAAGUGAGAGUGGCUGCCAUUGACGGUGCUCGACGCCCAAUCCAUUUAGACUGGGAACGUUUGUUCAUUUGAAACCAGGGCAUUCACAAUCAUUUUUUCCGAUUUUCGGGGCAUUUACAGGUCGCUUUUUGUUCAUUUUAGUGCAUUUACAGGUCAUUUGGCGUUGAGUUUGAGUCACUGCCAAAUCAUUUGGGAGAUUUGCGGGUCACUUCCUGUUCGUUAACUCAAAAUAAACAGGAAGCGACCCAUGAAAUACCCCAAAAUCAACAGAAAGUAACUGAAAAUCAACAAGUAAUGACCUGAAAUGGCCUAAAAUUACCUCAAUGCCUGGCAUUGGCUGCCACUGACGGCCAUAGACGUUCAAUCCGGUUCAUUCGCUGCCAUCCCUCCCACUUCAAAUGGAUUGGACGUCUACUAGUGAUAAACUCAUUCCAAUUCACAGCAGAAGUUUCUUUUUCUAUUUAUUAGUUGUUUUGUAGAAUGUCCUAGAAUGAUUUCCUGAAUGUAUCGAUAAUCGUAUCGCCAUAUCAUCGUUAUCGUGAACUUUGUAUCGCAAAUCGAAUCGUAUCGUGAGGUAUCAAGAGGUUCCCACCCCUACUCAGGAAGAUGAAUAGCAUAGACAAUCUAAUGGAUGGAUAUUGCUGCAUACUUCUGGAUGCUUGAGGUGGUCCGCAGUUUUUUUUUUUGCACGCUCAACUACUCCCUUGCGUAAGCCCUUGCAAAGGGAAAAAGUGUUGGGUUGCACCCGCGCAACGAGAGCACCUGGUAAAACCAUUACAGCCGCUCUAGGAAGUGGCAGCUGAUGUAUGUAUAAAAAAGAUAAAAAUGCUGAGUGAAGGAAAGGGAGAGCGUCUGCAUAGUUCGGCUGGAAGACGGAAAAGUUGCAAACGCUGAGUCGUCUGCUCUUUCCCACUGUCGUCCUUCCUUUCCCACAGUUAAGCUUUGGGCGGGCAACACUGUGAUGCGAUCACAUCACUCUUCUUCUUUGACAAGUGAAGCAAUACUGUGACACUUUUGUUGUCUCACCACUGAAGCCGCCGACCCCACUGACAUAGACUUGACCUCUGAACUCAUUCUGUUCCUCUAAUUUAAGCAUGUGAAGAAGCAGAUGGUGAAAAGCAACUCAGAUGCUGUACGUUCUGCUUUUGUACUUUGUAUAUUACUUUAAAUUCAAUGGCAAAACUGUGUCUACGUAGCAGUGUCGUUUUUGACAGCCAUUUUAAAUUUCGUCUUAAUCUUUUGGGUGAUAAUACUCAUUAGGCUUAGUCAUACUUUAGUCAUCUCAAAAUGUGUUUGUCUUCGUCUAGUUUUUGUUGACGAAAACUCAAGACUAAAUUCGUUCAGUUUUAGUUGACGUUUACUACAAAUGUUUUCGUCAGUAAAAUUAAAAUAUAUACUCCAAAAUAAAUAAAGGUUUGCAACUAUUUUGAAUGAACAUUGACAGGCGAGCAUCUAUUGUAGCAUCUACAAGGACAAUAGCAACUUAUUAAUUAUAGGCGAUAUACUGUAUGUAAAAAGUUGUCCAAGAGUUUAAGACGACGCUCGCUGUUAGCAUUAGGCUAAUGCUAAUGCAAAUGCUAUGCUAGCGCUAGAUCACUCAGCACAGACCUUUAACCCCUUCUUGCCAAUGUAUCACAUUUGAUACUUACAAUUUCAUGAUUUUGAGACUAAUUCAGAAUUUUAAAAUAUCGUUCCUCAAAAAAAAGAAGAAAAAAAAAAGAAAAAAAUAAUGGAUGCAAGCCAACUCAUGCAUCUGCAGGUUCCAUGAAAAUCUAAUCUAGUUACUUUACUGAUUACUUUAUUGUCAAAGUUACUAAGUUACUUUGAAAGUAAUUUAUCAGUGUUGGGUCUAGAACACCUUCUUCAAUUUAGCUGUUGACCCAGAGCGAUGUGACAAAGGCAGGACACAAGGAGGCAGGAGUCAGAGAGUAGACUUUUACCAAGCUGCAGUUUGGGGAGAGGUCUGAGAUCGGGCAACGUGACUAAGAGCGUCUCAUUAAAGUCUCUCUCAGAGCUCCCCGCGCUGCUGACUUUUAUUGAGGGCUUGUUGCUGGGCAUAAUAUAGUUACAACACUGUUGUCCAACGUGGCAAUUUCGAUCGGGCAAGUUCCUUAUUCUAGUCAUUGAUUAAAUUAACAGUCACACUCUUGAGCGAGCAAGAUAACUUUGUUUUGAACACACAUUUGCACUCGAAGUAGCUUGGUGGAAAAGUACUGAGACGUUGUGUGAUGAAUCAACAUAUGUGCGUGUAUCUAUUUAUCAGCAGAAUGUGAGCAAUUGCCGGUCAUAAAAAUGUAAGCACAUGAUUAUGGCCUAAAAACUGUAUUCUUCAUAAUAGCUUGGGAGAGCGCGUAUAAUAGCUGUGGGAGAGCAAACUUAUAUAACCAGCAGAGUAUAAUGGUCAUACAAUCAAGCAUAUCUUACAAUCAGUUACUUUUUAUCAUUUUUUUUCUCAUUUGCCACCUCAACAUAAGAAUGACAACAGAAAAAUGUCAUUGCAUGUAAUUGACUUUCCGAUAAUUGAAUUUAAAGGGGAAGAUUAGAAUUUUUUACAUAAGGUUUGAUCUUCGAGUUAACGGGGGUGUAAUUAGUUGAUGGAGUUGAUUUCAACUACCAUUGACUCGUGCGAGUUUAGCUUAGCACUGAAACUAACAAAUAACUGACAAACUGCAUGGAAUUUGUUGAAAUCAAUUCCACCAACUAAUUAAACCCCGCUAACUUGAAGAUUAUGCCUAAUGUCAAAAAAAUCUGGAUUUUGGGUGAGGGUUUAGAGGUUUGGGUUAACAGCAUAUCAGUGCCAAUGUAAAACAAUGCAAACUGACUGCACAAUAAUCAACAACACACAAAUGAAUUGCACAGUGCAAUAAACACAAAGGUGGGGGCGGGCGCUGAUGCGCUUGGACAACCCGGAAUUAUGCCGUACACACACACGGUCAUUUUAACCACAAAACGUGGCGGCAACUAAGCACUUUACACUCAGUCGGGCUUACAACACAUUCCAAAGAUACAAAACAAAUACGUCACCUCACUGCAUAAAUAUGCCACACGAAUAUGAUAUAAACAACACUUGCCAACUAUGAUCGAUAACUACCCGUCGUUGCAACGGCAAAGCUACGAAACGGCCGUGCAUGUAGGGGCUCCAACCUAUCGCUGGAACCCUCCAGAAUGAAGGAAAAAUGUGUUUAUUCAUGGACGUACACAGAUCAUCAUUCCCUCGCACAUCUCAAAAGGUAGCUGCACUCUGCUUGAAUGUAAUGUAUUGUUUUUCAGAAAAGCCACAAUCAAAUAACCCUUUCUGGAUUCUUCACGGAACAAAAGUAAAAAAAAAACAAAAAAAAACAAAAAAACAAUAUAAUACAAUAUAAUAUAUAGGGCUGUCAAAAUUAUCGCGUUAAUGGGCGGUAAUUUUUAUUUUUUUAAAAAAAUUAAUCACGGUAAAAUAUUUGACGCAUUUAACGCACAUGCCCCGCUCAAACAAAUUACAAUGACAGCACAGUGUCAUGUGCACUUGUUACUUGUAUUUUUGGGUGUUUUGUCGCCCUCUGCUGGCACUUGGGUGCGACUGAUUUUAUGGGUUUCAGCACCAAUGUGUAAUUAUUGACAUCAACAAUGGCGAGCUACUAGUUUAUUUUUUGAUUGAAAGUUUUACAAAUUUUAUUAAAACGAAAACAUUAAGAGGGGUUUUAAUAUACAAUUUCUAUAACUUGUACUAAGAUUUGUCUUUUAAGAACUACAAGUCUUUCUAUCCAUGGAUCGCUUUAACAGUUAAUAAUGUUAUUGCUAUCUUGUUGAUUUAUUGUUAUAAUAAACAAAU